AAACAAAUGUACACCAUUCUGCGUCUGCUCAUCUGUCUGGGCUGACAGGUUUUAGGACUGGGAACUUUCUUUUUCUGCCUUCUGGCAGCACUCUGUGCCUUCUGCCUCCUCCCCCCUCCUCUUCCUGUUUCUGCACCAUCCUGUGUGCCGCUGGCCUUCGGGACACCGUUCACUUCAGAUUUCCCCACCAGUGUCUCAGGAUUAAUAGAGACAUAGCAGAGAGAGACGCACCGGCUGAUCAACAGGAAAAGAUACAUUUAAGGAAGAGAUCCAGAUGUCCUCUGACAGAUCCUGGAGAUGCUGUCUGAUAUGGAGAAGGCUGUGCAGGUGCUGCUGCUUUGGAAGCACAGAGGAGCCGUCCCCAGUGCCCAAGGACAUGUCAGGAAAUGUGAGGAUGUUCAGGCCCCAUUCUCAGGCCCAAAAUUUUCAUCGAGGGUAUAGUGAAUGUUAUGAUGAAUCAACAUACACUGGUUUUGAGACAUGGCACAAGGACGUCCGGCUUUCUCUUUCCUCAGAUUCUGAAGAAGUGAUAGCAGGAGAGCCAACACCACGCGGGGCUGUUACUGAGUCUCUGUCUUGGGAGGGAGCUGUUUCCAAGGUCCCAGGCAGCAGUGGAUCAGAAAACCAGGAAUCUUCACAGUUAUUAGAACCAGAAGAUACUUUCUUGGAAGAGGAGACACUAGUGCCCCUCCAGGCUCCUAAACUUUGUUCUGGGGUUGAACCAGCUUGUCAUAAUUAUCGGUUUCUCGGGCCUGAAGGAAAGGUGGAUAUGGAGUUGAUUGAUAAGACUGCAAGCAAAUACAGCGUCCACUUCCCCAUGGCUGGCUUCUACUUGUGGCCAGCGACACGCCUCGGAUUCUUGGUAACAGCUGCGGUGACCGUGAGGAUAGCGUUGGAUUCUUGGAGUCUACACAUGAAGUUACAGCCUGAGGAGCAGUGGAUGGUGGCAGGCCCACUGUUUGAUAUCUCCGUGGAGCCCCAGGGGGCCAUCGCUGAAAUCCACCUCCCUCAUAUCAUCUCCCUGCCAGCAAAUGAGGUCGAUAUGUCUUGGUUCCACGUUGCCCAUUUUAAGGAUGAAGGGAUGAUCCUAGAGGUGCCAGCCCGAGUGGAGCCUUUCUAUGCCGUCCUGGAAAACCCCAGCUUCUCUCUGAUGGGGAUCCUGUUGAGAUGCGCCAGUGGGACUGGUGUUUCGGUCCCCAUCACUUCCACGGCACUGCUCUAUUAUCACUUUCACCCCAAAGAUACUAAAUUUCACCUGUACCUUAUCCCCAGUGACGCCUUGCUAACGAAGGCAAUAGAUGAAGAAGAAACUAAGUUUCACGGUGUGCGUCUGCAGACCUCACCCCCUGUGGACCCCCUGAAUUUUGCUUCCCAUUACAUUGUGUCCGGUUCAGCUCACCUGGAAAUAAUACCUGAGGAAUUGAAAUUAUCCUACAGGAGUCCUGGAGAAAUCCAGGUGUUCUCUAAAGUCUAUGCUGGGAAGAUAGAGGAAACAAUUGAACUUGAAGUUACUGAGAAAAGACACAAGACUUUGGUCUGGCGUACUUUGGUGAAGCCAGUGGACCUCCACUUUUAUGCUGCUUCCUCCCCUUCUCCCCCCUCAGCUGAGAUCUUUAUGAAGGAGAACCGGCGGCACUUGCAGGCCAGGCUGGGGGACCUGAGUGGAGUACUAGAUGAUCUUCAGGACAGUGAGGUCUUCACGGAGGAAGAAAAGGACCUGGUGCAGCAGUUUCCAACACAGCAGAGGAAGAAUGAGACCCUGUUGAGGAUGGUGGAGAAGAAAGGGCCCCAGGCCCUGGAGAUACUCUUCAGAAGCCUUCAGCAAAGAGAUCCUUACCUGAUGUCCUACCUCAGCCAGCAGAGUUUACAACAGUGACUCAGGCCAAUACUUAGGAAGAGACAAUCCUGUGUUCUGCACUGAAAAUGGAUAAACAGGGGUGCUUGGGUGGCUCAGUUGUUUAAGCAUCUGACUCUUGAUUUCAACUGCAGUCACUUGGAGUUUGCUUGAGAUCCUCUCCCUCUGCCUCUCCUCCUACUCUCACUCUCUCUCAAGUAAAUUAAAUCAAUCUUAAAAGAAAAACAAAAAAGGAAGGAAAAUGGUUAAAGAGACAUGUAUCAUGGAGUUCAGUGUCCAAGACUAAAGAGGUCCAGGUGACACCCAGCCACCACACAGGUUUUACUGAGGACUGAUGUGUAACUAGGCAGAUACCUAUUUCUGUGUCCUCAUAUCUUCCCCUUAACAAUAUCUCAAGAGAGUAGGAAUAUUCAUACUAAAUAUUUUUUAAGUCAGAUUUUAAAAAUUCCUAUUUCACCCAUUGACCUAUUUCUUGGAAAUCUGGGCAGAGGAAGGCAAGACCAGGUGUGGUUAUGAUUGACAGGGCCCAGGGAGACCAAGUCUCCUCAGUCACAAGAGAAGCAACUCCAGUGAACAUUACAUCUGAGCUGUUACCUGCUCAGAACAGAAGCCAGGAAGGCUUACGAAACACUCCCUGUUGAGGACGUUCAUGACAUUGAUGAGCUUUCUUUUUUUUUUUUUUAAUACACUGUGUCUUUAACAUUUUAUCUGUUGCUAUUUCUACUAGAAUGAUGAAGUCCCUUGAUGAAAUAGAGCUCAGGAGUGGAAGCAAAUGCCAACGUUGGCAGAAAAACUUUGGUGUCUGGUAUAUAGGAUGGUACCAGGAACGGGCACAUUCUGGGUCACACAACUUCAUGGAACAGCUCGGUGGAUCGCAGAGGCGGAGUAUGGAUGAAUGGUGUCCACAGAAGCAGCGUGGGGGAAAAGGAGGAGCAUCCGGUGGUUGUGAGGGAGGCCCUCCUGGCAGGUAUGUCACAGAAAUAGGCAGAGCCUGCCACUGGGGUUCUGCCAUUGGACCCUGCCAUUUUGUAUGCGUCCCAGCUGCCUUUGGACCAGUGUUUGCGUGACAUAAGUAAUGCUAUCCUCUGACUUUGAGCCCAGUUAUUUCCUUGUAUUUGAAGUGAGUUUGUGGAAGACAGCCUAGAGUUGAGUCAGUUGGCUUUUGGGGUUGUUGUUUUUUUUUUAACCCAUUUUGACAACGUCUGCUCUUAAAGUGACGUGUUCGGCCAUUUGCAUUUAACAUAAUUCUUGUGUGGUUAGGAUUUAGCCGAGGGCAGCCCCUUUCGUAUUUGUUUUCUGUCUAUUCCCUUUGUGCUGCAUGGCUAUCUUUCCUUUCUAGGCUUUUUUAGGGCUUACUUGAAGAGUGUUUAGUAUUCUACCUUAAUUUAUCUAUUGUGUUUUUUAUGGUAUGUGGUUUUGCAUUUCUUGGUGAUUGUGUUAGAGAUGAAGAGAUACCUCCUGAAUGCGUUGGUCCUCAUAUCCAUAGUGUGCGAAUUAAAGUUGAAUCUAGAAACCUUA